ACGUCAGCAGAGGUCACGUGACACGCAUCCUAUCUGGCGAGAAGGUUGUAGCAGACGACCGUUUGUACAAACGGUGGACUCACAAUCAGAUAGUUGUGUCAGUCGCGAUGUCGGCGCUAGUCGGGACAUGGAAUUAUGUCUCGCAGGAAAAUCUGGACGGGUACAUGGAGGCAAUAGGUGUUCCUGAGCAGAUGAGAGAAAUCGCCAAGGAAAGCAAACCCUUGCUGGAAAUCACACAAGAUGCUGGCGACCACUUCAUGAUCCGCACAACAGUCGGAGACAAAGUAAAAGAAUACAAGUUUGUCAUCGGCCAGGCCUUUGAUAGCGUCUCUCUCACUGGCCAACCUCUAAAGUCGGUGGUGGUCCUGGAGGGGGAGAAGAUGGUGGAGACUCAGACGCUGGGGGACUUCAACAUCCUCAUCGAGAGAUCUGUGGAGGAAGGCAAUCUGGUGUCGAGGAUGACCGUCAACAACGUAACGGCGACUGUGGUGUUCAGCAAAGCAUGACCGGAAGUGCUCCGUCCUCCAUCUUGUUUACCAAUCAACGAGUAUAACCGCACGAACGCGCCAACUUGAAAUCUGCAAGUCGAUUUACCGUGCAAUCAUCUCAGAGAUACAUCGCUGCCACUCCUGUACUCAUAUCUCGUAAUAAACUCUCUUGUAACUGUU